GAACGUUUGUCGAAGGCGAUGAAGAAGGUUGAUAUAUCAUCAACCGUAUCCGGCCUACACCGCCAGUCGAUACGCUAGGUGAAGCCAGCAGAAGGCAGCAUGAAGGUCCUCAAGCGAUUCUCCUCCCCCGUCGCCCAUUAUUAUUUAGGUCUUAGUAUUAUCUCAAUAUUUUUGUCGGCUAGGAGUAGCGCCUUACUAGGUGCGGAGCCCAGAAGGUCGCCACGCUCAAGCUCACUCGCAUUGGCCCGAAGAUCAAUUAACGAAACCGAGUCACCCCAUGCCACUACGCAAACUCAGGCCCAUCCAAUCCUUCUGACGAGUUCACCCGACAGCAGGGACGCCUGUCAGCCCAGAACGCUGUCUCCAUCCUUGUGGUCCCGAUUGAAUUUGGACGAGUAUCUACUCCAGUACCCCGGGGGGCAGGAAACAAGUCUCGAGGAGUUGGCAGUCAAAUCGAGACUAUUAAAUUUUGAUUGUGGAAUUAACAAAUUAUGUUAUGCUGGUCAGUUAUGUUCGCCAGUUCACGGGAAAGACUGGUAUAUCUUGGUCGCCGCGCAAGAGUGGAACUCAUACAUGAACGUGGUAUAUCAAGCCGUUGGCUUUGCUAUGACAAUGAUGCAAGGAAUCAUUCCAUCAAUGAUAAAAGAUCUCUUCCCGGACAAGCAUGACGACUGGGCCAUUGCGAAAGCUUAUUUGACAUUUUUCUCGAGCUGUGCCAAAGUUCAUCCAACAGAAGGACAUCUAUCCAGCACCAAAUGGUGGAUGCAACUGGUCCAAGGACAGAUCGGAUUGGCAGCUGGGGAAGCCAACAUUAUGGAUUACGCCGUCAUCCCGGAUCCAGUUAACCAGCAUGAUAAAUGGACUUAUUUCAUUUACGAACUUUCGAAAACUCAAGACUUGAUUCAAAGUAAACUGACCCAAAACUCGGAAGAAAUCAUCAGCUCUGGAAUCAGCACCGAGCAGGGAAUCUACGGUGUUCUCAAAGAUGGGGGAUUCCUGAUCGAUCAUGUCCACUGCCAAAGCCUUGUUAAUCUAGCAGCAAGUCAACAGAGCGAAAUGAAACUAUCAAUCCAAUUGAACCUCUUGGCUGCCAUUUGGGAAAAACAAAAAUAUUUUAUUCUUCGCGGAAGUGACCCCUGUGAUGGAGAUGGAGAGAAUGGUGCUUCCUCAGGAAAGAAUCAAUUGUCUUACUGCAAUCCGGACAACAUCAUGAUGAAAAUCGUUCAACUGAAGACACGAAACAAGAUCACCAGUGAAAUUCACAACGGACAUUUAGUGUUGGAAAACUAUAACUUUACGGCCCAGUUUCUGACCGAAAGAGCAUGGAGAUGUCAAUCGAAUACUAAGCAGUUUGAGCCUGAGGUGUGGAAUUCUUCAAAGCCAAUCAAAAUCGACUCGGAGUGUAGUUUCAACCUGGCAGUAUGUGAUCUCACUUCACCAGAAACCAGGGAAUUGAGGAAGAAAGGGAAAAGCAUUGCAGAGAUUUGUAGGAAUCACUUGGGCUUACCAAUAUAAAACCAGCUGCAUCAAUGACCAGACUAACAGAUCUCCACAAUCAAGCAAAUUCCAUAUCAUCUUCCAA